AUGAAGAGACUACAAGAAGAUCUGUUAAACGUGCACCAGUCUGUUGUCAAACUUGACUGCCCCAGGGUUAUCAAGGGAGACAUGGAGGCUCUAAGAAAAGCACAAUUAUACAAUUUUCAGUACAAGAAGGAAAGGACAUUUUUAAGUGAAAAAGACUAUCUGAAUAUCACCCAAGACUGUGCAAACUUUAGAACAAUCAGAAAGUAUAUUUCUUUUGCAUUGAGCAAGGAAGAAGAAGAAUUUUCCAUUGCUUAUUCCAUGGUGAUUCAUGAGAAGAUUGGAAUGUUUGAGAGACUGCUAAGAGCCAUUUAUGCUCCUCAGAAUAUAUACUGCAUCCAUGUGGAUGAAAAGUCUCCAGACAUUUUAAACAGGCGGUAAAGAGCCAUCACCUUAUGCUUUGAUAAUGUGUUUGUGGCAUCUAAACUGGAGAAUGUGGUCUAUGCAUCAUGGUCAAGAGUACAAGCUGAUCUCAACUGUAUGAAGGAUCUGCUGAAAAGCAAUGUUCAGUGGAAGUAUCUACUAAAUACUUGUGGGACAGACUUUCCACUAAAGACCAAUGCAUAUAUUGUGAAAGCCCUUAAGUUAUUAAAUGGGAAAAAUAAUAUGGAAUCCAUGAAAUCCCCACCACACAAAACAGUAAGAUGGCUCUUUCACUAUGAAGUAGGGACAUUUGUCAGAAAAACCAAUAUUUUGAAGAGUUUGCCUUCAAUCAAUAUCCCAAUGUUUUCAGGUGGUGCUUACAUUGUUGUUACCAGAGAUUUUGUGAAAUACAUAUGUGAAAGCACAGAGAUACAACAAUUCAUUGAGUGGGAAAAAGACACCUAUAGCCCUGAUGAACAUUUUUGGGCAACAAUGCUCCGUAUGCCAUGGGUCCCUGGCGGUAUUCUUCAUAAUAAAAAAUAUGAUGUUUCUGACCUGAAUUCUAUUUCAAGGCUUGAAGUGUCAUAUGAGGAAGGAGAUGUGUCUAAAGGUGCUUCAUACCCCCCAUGCACAGGCACCCAUAGGCACAAUGUUUGUGUCUAUGGGUCUGGAGAUCUGCACUGGUUGUUAAAACAGCAUCAUCUCUUUGCCAAUAAGUUUGAUCCUGCAGUGGAUGAUAUAGCAAUACAAUGUCUGGAAGAGUAUCUGAGGUAUAAGGCUUUAUUUAUGAAGUAG